AUGCCUUGUGAUGUGAUGGGAGGAAACUAUCACCAUCCCAUAGUUGAAAAUAAAAAAGUUCAUCGUCUACCCAUACAUAACUGCCUGGGGAUGAAAAAUCUGAUCCUUUUUGGCAUUAGGGAAGGCUCGGGCUCUUCUGAUUCCAAGCAUCCUCUUGUUGUAAAAAUUCUGGAUUCAGUCCGAGGAAGUCCAGCUCCAAAUGUUCCAGUUAAAUUAUAUAAAGCAGCUGCAGAUGGAUCUUGGGAACUGUUAAAUACAAAACAAACCAAUGAAAAUGGAGAGCUUCAAGAGCUUACAACUAAGGAACAAUUUGUAACAGGAUAUAAGAUUGAGCUUGAUACAGCCUCUUACUGGAAGAAACUGGGUUUGAAUCCCUUCCAUCAACAUGCUGAUGUGGUAUUCACAGCUAACGAUGUUGGUUAUCGACAUUACUCCAUCACUACUGUCCUCAGUCCCUUUUCUUACUCAACUACAGCAGCAGUCAGUGAGCCGGUGGAAUAG